AUGGCCGCUUUCGUGGCCCUGUUGCCUCAUGGUUUCGCUACUAAGAACGCGCUAUGGAAGACUUAUGGAAUGUUGACAGAACAGUUAAAGAGAGAAGAUGAAGCAUGGAAAGACAAGUAUCAGGUCAAGCUCUCUGAUAUCUCUUUUACACACGCCUGUGCUCUGCCAGGAAAGACACCCAGACCAUAUCAUUUUGCCCGGUGCGCUGCGUUUUAG